UACAGUGAAUUUCAGGACAAAAAAUGGCGGAUUUGGGUUUUUAUAAACUUUCCAUAAAAUGCUUUUUUAUUAAUUUAUAUAGCCAUAAUUUCCUUGUUUCAUACGGUGAGAGAAACCCAUUUUCUUUUUUUUCGGUUUCUUUUUUGUUUAUUUGAUGAUUGCUGCGGUUUUUGUUUGUAUGUCUGUUUUCUUUCCCUUUUAUGAUGUGUACGCUAUGAUGGUUUUUGCCUGAAUUUCGGUGAGUUAUCUUCGUCUCUCCUUCUCCAGUAUCAUACGAGAUUACUGUCUGUAGAGAUGAUUCUGUAACGUUUUGUGCAGGCGUUGUUCAGACAAAGAUCUGAACUUUCGAUUGAACCUCUUCGUGGGUAAAUGGUUUCUCUGUCUUUUGCUUCGAUUAAUCGCGUUAGCAUUCGCCAUAUUUUUUGUGGGUUUAAUUCUUUUACUGUACACCUGUUUAUCUGAAACAAUCGAAUUCGACGAAGCAGAACAUGCUUUGAGAUUGUCAUGAUAACGUUAAAUCUCGCUAGGGUUUGUGGUUUCUGGUCUAAAUUUGUUCUUGCAUUUGACCUUUGCCCGCCAUGUUCUUUUCUUUUCUUCUUUUUUUUCCUGGUGAUGUUUGCCGAUCCCAAUGGAAAAAGCUGACUUUUUUUAAACCCCUUUUGUCUUGUUUCUUUUUUUCUUCUUUUUUUUUUUUCUGUUCUUCCCAGCCGCCUUCGUGGUCCUCCGUAAAACAUUAAGUAUCCAAACAAAUUCUCGGGUUUUUUUUUUCUUUCCAAAAUGCUGAUUCUUCUGAAAAUAUGAAGCGGGUUUAAUUAAAACACCAAGUCCUGUUGCAGAGGUUGGAUUUUUUUUUCCUUAUUGUCAUAUGGGCUUCCUUUUGUUUUGGCUUGUUUCAGCUGGAAUUUCUUCGGUUUUGUGAGAUUAGACCAAAGAAUCUCAUGACAUAUGGACUAAAACUACAGGUAAUCUUCCGAUGCUUCACGUAGUAUUGUACAUUUCUGCAUCCACGAGGCGGAGGGAGUGUUUCUGAGAUAAUUUCUGUGCACACGUAAGGUGAAAAGCUUGAGUUUUUUUUCAGAGAGGAAUAUCAUCUGGUUUCAGUCAAAUUCUUGAUGGGUUUUUACUUGAAACAGCAGUAUUAGUUUCGAGGAGGACCUAAGUGUUGGGAUGCCUGUUCUUUUGCAUUCACUAUCAGUUACAUCGGUCAUGUGUUGUGUUUUGCUCUGUUUCUUUACCUAAACUAUGAACUCUCAUUGGCAACCGUCAAGCCGGACAUAGGAGUAAUCACACUGCCCCAUUGGCAGGAGAAUUUCUAAACCAUCCAUUGACGGAAUUGAGAAAUCAGAUGGGGGGGAAAAAAUCUUGUUCCUUUUUCUUGUACUUGGUGUGAAACUAACCUGCCUCAUUUUCUCUUUUCCCAUUCUCUCUGUUUAUGGCAUCAAUCAUCUUCUUCUACCCUGUUUUCCCAUUCCUUAGGUUGAAGUGAUUUAUCCUCGGGAGUGUUUUUCUUGUUUUCCAUGAAACGGUUUGCUAAAGGGUUCACUCGAAUUCUUCACUUUGCUUCCAUUUCUUCUCUGUAUAAUGGUUUGUAGAUGUCUUGAUAUGUCAACCUCGCACGAGUGGCACAGUGAGUGAGGAUUCCCAAGUUAUCAAUGUGAAAGUAGUUUGAGAUUUUUUUGGACAUGGGAGAUCUUCAAGAAGAGAGGUUGUCAGUCUCUUCCUCAUCAUCCUCGUCAUCAUCAUCAUCUUCCUUGCUGUCAUCAAGAAAACCACCUCGGACAGAAUCACUGUUGAUAGAAGGGGAAUAUUGGAUGAUUGCCGAGGAGAGGACCAGGGAGAUACUAUGCACCAUCCAGCCGGUUCUUGUUUCCGACAGAAGUAGGACUGAAAUAAUCGAUUAUGUCCGGAAUAUAAUCAAAGCUCAUCACGGAGUUGAGGUCUUUUCAUUUGGUUCAGUGCCACUGAAAACCUAUCUGCCCGACGGCGAUAUUGAUCUGACGGUCCUGAUUCAUCAAAACAAGGAGGAAGAAUUGGCUGAUCAAUUAUGCAGUAUGCUUGAAGGUGAAGAAAAGGAAUCUGAUUUCCAGGAAACCGAUCAUUUCCAAGCAACGGAUGUUCAGUAUAUCCGUGCUCAGGUCAAGGUCAUAAAAUGUAAUAUCAGGAACAUAGCUGUGGACAUCUCCUUCAACCAAAUGGCCGGACUCUGUGCUUUAUGUUUCUUGGAGCAGAUCGACCAACUUUUCGGAAGAGACCAUCUAUUCAAGCGUAGUAUCAUCUUGAUCAAAGCGUGGUGCUAUUACGAGAGCCGUGUUCUUGGUGCUAACACUGGACUGAUCUCGACAUAUGCCUUGGCAGUAUUAGUCCUGUACAUCAUCAACUUGUUUCAUUCUUCGCUGUCUGGUCCUUUAGCUGUCCUGUAUCGGUUCUUGGAUUACUAUGGUUCGUUUGAUUGGGACAAUUACUGUGUCAGUGUCCAUGGUCCUGUCCCAAUCUCUUCUCUUCCAGAGGUUAAUGUACCUCCAGAAAUUAACGGGUUUGAGUUGUUGCUCGACGAGAAGUUUUUCAGAGAAUGCACUGAACUAUAUUCGUUUCCGACAAAGGCUGUUCAUGAUUUUCCCGUCAAACAUCUUAACAUCGUGGAUCCUUUGAAACACAGCAACAACCUCGGGCGGAGUGUGACAAAAGGCAAUUUCCAACGCAUAAGACACGCCUUUUCGUUGGGAGCUCGAAAGCUCAGAGACGUUCUAACGCUACCCAUCGAAACAAUGGGCAGCAGACUCGAGAAGUUCUUUGCAAAUUCUUUGGACAGGAAUGGGAAGGGACAAAGACAGGACGUUCACAAUCCCGUCACCGCGUUUGGCACCGGGAGAUCAGAAUUAUCGGAACUGAAGGGAGACUUUGACGGUUAUUACAGGAGUCUUGUGUACGGGCAGUGGUAUCACGGGUCGAGUUGUCAGGUUCAGGACACAAGUGCUUGGAACAUAGUCCGUUGGUACGUGAACUGUCAGAAGAACGAGUUCUAUCACAAGGGUCUGAACGUAUCUACGCCAAUGCAGCCGCCUUAUCCUCUUACUAUUUCUCGUCUGCCCUCUCCGCCGACUAUACACCUUCAAAACACGGCAGAAUUGAGAGGAACCGGCACUUAUAUCCCUGACAUGAGUCAGAGGUGCUAUGCCGACGAUAAUAUGUUCAGACACACGAGUUCAGGAAACUCGUCAGCAUCGGUUCAGACAAGUCUGCUUCUGAAAUCAGAUGAGCCUAGUGAUGGUAAGUUGGAAGAAGAUCCUGCCAUGGCGACCAGAGAUGAUGAAACUGGCAAUGGAUGCAGUCUCUGUAGAGAAGAAGAAGAAUCUACGAGGCCCGACACCUGUGACCCGGAUCAGCAAAUCCGGGUAUCGAUAUCGGGAUAUUCGUCCUCGAGGCUGUCGGCCAUGUGAAAGAGAUCCUUGCAAUCUGUAUCUGAUUAUUUCACCAGACAAGAAACACAAACAAUGGUUUCUGACUGAGGAGUUCUAACCAGAUGGGACAGUCAGCUUCUGUAGGGAUUCAACAGAGAGAACAACUUGCAAAGGACUGUUUUCUGUUUUUUUUUUCCCAGAUUGUCUUUACUUCCAUCAUGUUUUUUUUUACAGUGCAAGAAAGAAAACAAUACUGCAAAGAAACUUCUUCUUACAGUUAGGUAUCAAUUUUCGUCCGAA